AUGGCUUCCAUGUUGAGCCCGUGUCCUCCCAGCAUGGACUCCCCCGAGAAUACGAGUCGAACCCUCCUAGAGCCGAACCUUCAGGUCGAAUUCGCAUCGGACCCUCCUCACCGAGAACCCGCAUCGAAAUCGAACCCGACCGCAUCUGCCCUCACCCAGAGACCAUUUGUUACAUCUACUCAAGACUUAUCUGGUCUCUUCUCACACUUCUCCGACGAUAGUAGACGCGAAUUCCAGUACGCUUCGUUCGCCUUCGUCACUGAAGACCACACCGUCUAUUAUGGCCGAUCGCCGACGAGGAAGGUUACCCCGGAAAUUGUCAAUGAGAGCUUGAAACAAGUUCCAGACGAAGACGUUUACCCGGUGGACCCUUAUUGGGCAAAAGGAUCGUCCAAUCCUUCUGCUCUUCAGUUAUGA